AUGAAGGAUGUGAAGAUGUUGACGGAGAAGAAAAGGCACGUGGCCUUCUGGUUGGAGAGCUACGCCCGGCGGGAACCAGGGAUUCCCCUCACCGUGAUCUUUGACAUGUCCGUAGCGGGUCUGAGCUCUGUUGACCCAUUCAAAUUCAGUUACCCACCGUUGCCUGAUGACGUCUUCCAGAACCCCAUAUCAGAGACUGGACAAGAGGAUGACACUGAGUCAAAGGAUGAUGACCUGGAGGCCAAGGACACCCUGGAGCCGAGCUCUCCUACACUCAGAACCAGAAAUGUAUACUUGGCACAGGAUGGGGACAAUGAUGGCUCCAUCAGAUGGAAAGGAUCCCGUAGGCCAACCGUCACUUUCAAAGGCACUUUACUCUAUAUCAGUCCUGAUGAUGAGUUGUGCUUUGGCCACAGAGAGGGUGAGAAGAGAUGUCUGAUCGUGCUUAAUAAUGUCACCAAAAACCAAGUGGCCUUCAAGGUGCGGACCACAGCCCCAGAGAAGUACAGGGUGAUGCCAAGCAGUAGCAGCUGUGGGGCGGGUGAGAGUAUGGAAAUCACUGUGUCCCUGCAUGGAGGGUCCCUGUGCUCUCCUCAUGAUCACUUCUUAAUCAUGGCUGCUGAGAUGGAGCCAAGUAGCGGUGGGGGGAGCACAGACCUUGCCCAGUUCUGGAAGGGUGUCCCAAAGGCUAAAAUAAUGGAGCACAGACUGCGGUGUCGCAUGCUGGAGGGCAUCAAGUCGGCACUCAGCCCUGUGACUGACAGGUCUAACAAAAUGGAGACCAAUGGCUACCAAGAGAAGCACACCACGCUCUUUCAGUUGAUGACCAGCAGCUACAGGCUGGAACAGAAGAUGGACCGCUGUCUGUGGUGGCAGAAGCUCUUGACUGUACUGGUGACUGCACUGACGGCCUUGGGUUUCUCCGCCCUCUACAUACAGUACACUGGGGAGUGGCCAUUUUGAAACUUUCCUACAGUGGAGGAAGAAGACCAAAGGACCAGUUACAGUGGAGUCAGGAUGAAAGUGGAUUUCUGAUUGGAGCAGAAAUAUGAGGAACUACUCGCAAUUCACUCUAUGGCCUUUGGACACUGAAUAUAAUUAUAUUUCCACACUAUCAGGUUGGAAUAAUACUGUGAAAUUAUGAAAGUAAUGAUAAUGCCCUUUUAGUGUAAGAGCUGUUUGAGUGGGUGAUGGCUCGAAGGGAUCUAGCUUUUGUCAAAUUAACGUCAGACUUUACUUUUCGUAGCAGGUUAGGAGAAUUAGGUUAAGGUUAGAAACAUUUUUCAUUAAUUUGACAAAAGCUGGAGCCCUUCUCGCCAUGACCGUUUGAUGGUAUGGAGUUUUAGCCUGCCUGGUGACAUCACCAGGCGAUAAAUUAUUUAAUAGACCAAUAAGAAAGAUCGUUCCAAACCUCUCUGCCAAUAACAGCUAGUUUUCAGUUUUCCCCUACCCACUCAGACCACACCCAGACAGUCCUAGCUAAAUUAUUGCUUGAGAAAUUGCACUUUGCUAAAAAUUAAUUUUUGUUUCUUUUUGACCAUGGUUUCAGUUAAAAUCACAGUAAGGUACUUAAUUGUUACCCAGAAAAUAAUUUGAUAUUGCGAUAAAAACAGCUCAUUUGGACCUUUUUAACCUAUCUUCUGAAUUAUGUCUAACUUGAACUAUUUACUAUGGGUUUAUAUGAAUGGAAGACCAUGAAUAUAAUUUUAUAGCCAACAUGUCAUCUUGGGGUUUUUACAGUGUAAUUUACAUUAGUUGUUACAUUGUAACAGUCCUGUAGCAUUUUCCCUCGAUUCAGCUGAAGAAGCAGAACCAGCCAAAUACCUACAUACACUCUAUGAAAUAAACACAUUUAUUGAUUUGAUUAAAAGAUAACACUCACUCA